AUGGUGCUGCCUACGCUCACUUUUUGCACGGAUACAACCCAAGAGAUACGUGAGAACAACGACGAACUCAGCAGCCUCCAGUACAGAAUUGUUCCCGAACAUAGAAAUGCCAGCCCCAACAACGCCACUAUCGAAGACGGCAAGGAAUGGCUUGACCGAGAGCUGGAGCGCAUCUACAACACCGAGUCCAACGAUACAUCCUGUCAUUGCGGCGGCGUCGGUGGCGACCAUCUUUCGACCGGUGACCAGUCCACGACGGUCCGAAGCGGCCGCCCGGACGAAGUGCACGAUGUCAGCACCACAAACGGGACCACACUCCAAGACGCGAACGGCAGUGCAAGACUGAAUGCCUCGGCCCUUACCAGCAGCCAAUUUCCCAACAACGGCCGUCUCGAGAUCCUCAACAGCGUCCUGUCGACACAUCUGGACACAAUGGGCAGCGACAACGAAGCGACUAACUACAUGGACAGGGUGGCGCGUCUGUCUGCUUCGUCUGCGAGCGCGUCACUGGCAGCAUCGUCGGCAGCAGCCACCGCAGCUGCGCCCGCUUCAUUCCCAUCCUCAUCCUCAACCUCGGGACACUUGAGAAGCUCGUCUGGACGCUGCCUUGGCAAGCGGCGUCGUGACAGCACGGACAUUGGCAGCGAGACGCUGGCCGGCGGCGACUGCCCGACGAUGCCUGAAGACGUCGAUCCGGCGGUUUCACACGACGGUGGCCCCGACGAUGAGCCAUCGGAAAAAGCCAAGGGAAAGAGACCCGAAGGCGCCAUCAGCCCCAGGAAGAAAACCAGGAGGCGCGAGGCCAUCAAUGGCUACAAGAAACACAUGAAGACGCCCGAGCCCUUCCCACACGAACGUCCGUCGGUCUCCUUCAAAAAGGGAUACAGCGAGAACCUGGCCAAGACCUUGACGGCUGUCACGCAGGAACUGGAGGAACUGCAGCCUUUGUCGACUGGCAUUGCCGCUGCGUCCACCGCAGUCACUGCGGACACUACAGACAUCGCAGACAAUACAGCCACUACAGACACCGCACAGCCUCAGCCACCCGUCUGUUACACCCAAGCGCCGUCACCGCCUCCAACACGACCGCAACCUGCCCUCUCGGCUUCCCAAGCCAUGCCAACGGCGACUUCAAUGCAGGCCCCGCAGCCCAUGGAGGUGGUCCCGCCGAUGCAGCAUCCGUCUCCCAUGCAGAGCAUACUUCCGAUGCUGAGCCUUCCACCAAUGCCGCCCAUGCCGGUGGUCUCUGACGAAGAGAUGCGCUCCUACCAGGACAUGCAGGCCCUGAACGCGAUGCGCGCCAUCGAGGACCUCCAGGCCAUGGACACCGUGCAAGCCAUGCAAGGGCUGCCGGGCAUGUCGGGUGUGGCCGACGACAUCCCACUGAUGCCCGCCAUCCCCAUCCCGGACGCCAUGGCACACGCCCUCCAGCCCAUGCCGCCCAUGCCGCACGGUCUGCCCACGCCCACAUACGACCACCACAACACCAUCAACCAGGCCAUCAACCACGACGCCGCGUACACGGCAGGCUACAAUUCUGUGCCGCCCCCACCGUCGCUGGUGCCGGCGGGCCAUGGUGGACUCCACUCGCCCGAGGUCGACGACUACAUCGAGGUCGACGACUACUUUGGUGUGGCAGCCCCCAUGGACAUGGACUUUGCGGAUCCGGAGGCGAUGCACCGCUUCAUGAGUUUCUGUGAGGAGCUGGGGACGAGUCAUGACGGUCUCGAUACCACGAGCGAGUUCCCGUGGAUCUAG